AUGCAGGUGCUGUACGUGCUAUGUUCGUGUGCAGAAGCCUUAAAAGGCAGUUUAAACCCCUAUGCUGGCCUAGUGGAUUGCUUACGUGCUACCUGGAUGUCAGGAAAGACCCGUCCAAGAGAGUAUCGUGUCACACAGCUGGAGGCCCUGUGUCACUUUCUGGAGGAAAGACAGGCCGAUAUCCAGCAUGCCUUGUGUGAGGACCUACGCAAGCCCUGCUUUGAAACUGAGGUCACAGAGGUUUUGCUGGUCAGAAAUGAAUUGGCCUAUGCUUUGAAUAACUUAAACCAUUGGAUGAAGGAUGAAAGCGUGAGCAAGAACCUGAUGACACAGCUGGAUUGUGCCUUCAUUCGCAAGGAUCCAUAUGGUGUGGUGCUAAUCAUUGGAGCCUUUAACUUCCCCCUCCAGCUUACUUUGUUGCCCCUUGUGGGAGCCAUUGCAGCUGGGAAUUGUGUGAUUCUCAAGCCUUCGGAGGUGAGCACCUGCACUGAAAGGCUCCUUGCAGAAGCGUUGCCUUGUUAUCUGGAUCCGCAAACCUUUGCUGUGGUGACAGCUGGUCCUGAAGAAACAGGAAAAUUACUGGAAAAUAAGUUUGAUUAUAUCUUCUAUACAGGGAGUGUCCGUGUAGGAAAGAUCAUCAUGACCGCUGCAGCAAAACAUGUGACACCAUUAACUCUGGAGCUGGGGGGUAAAAGUCCCUGUUAUGUGGAUAAAAACUGCUGUUUCCAGAAUGCAGCCAACCGAAUUGUAUGGGGAAAAUUCCUCAAUGCUGGACAGACAUGCAUUGCACCAGAUUAUGUCAUUUGUACACUUGAAACACAGGAGAGGUUGAUGCCUUGCCUGCGCCACGCUAUCUGUGAAUUCUUUGGAAAUGAACCCAAAGAGUCAGCUGAUUUUGGCCGCAUGGUCAAUGACAGGCAUUUCAAGCGGGCCCAAGCUUUGCUGGAAUGUGGCCGGGUGGCCAUUGGUGGAGAGACUGAUGAGUGUGAGCGUUAUAUUGCUCCAACAGUGUUGGCAGAUGUGAAGGAAUGGGAGCCAAUCAUGCAAGAGGAAGUUCUUGCGCCCAUCCUGCCAAUAUUCAAUGUGAAAGAUAUGGAGGAGGCCAUACACUUCAUCAAUUGCAGAGAUCGCCCACUAGCUGUGUAUGCCUUUUCCUGUGAUUCCAAGGUAUAUUGUUUAAGCUACAGCACACUGUAUCUGGGAGAAUCUGGAUUAUUUCCCAUAACCCAUAAAGUUGUUCUGGUAUGGAUAGUAAUGUUUUCCCUUCUAUUGUACCACAAGAGCCCUUAUGUAGACAUUCUGAGGCACAUGGAAUCCUCUGGAGGUUGGCAGUCUCCUGGAUUCCAAUUGGCCCAGAUGUCCCUUUCCUGUGUAACUGCUGACUUCUGUGUCUUGAUGUAG